ACAUUUUUUUUUCUACUCAACUCAUCCCUUUUCUCUCUCUUUCGAAUGGGGGUUGAUGCAAACAAUUUGGAAUUCUUAAGUGCAUUUCGGUCUUGUGACAAAAGCAUAGACAUUUCGCGUUGGUGAAUUCAUUUAUUGCAUUCACAUGUUGAAAACCGAAAAACUUUACUCUUAUUCGAACAACACAAAAGACUUACGCGUUACAUACAACGACGACGACGACGACGACACAAUUUUCAGUGCUUGUGAAUACAUAAUAUUAUUUUGUUCUUGUGUUCGGCGGGAAUAGAAGUGUUUUUGUGCUUUCGCGCACAUACGCACUGCAAAACUUUCGAGAAAAUUUGCAACGGCAUCGAGUCGUCGAGCAAAAACUGCAAGCGCGAGAGGGAUCAACUAAAUCUAUAGCCAAAGCCGUAACAGCAGCAGCAGUAGCAGCAAACAGAGUGGAAAAAAAGAGAAAGAGAGUAAUCAGAACUCUUUGCGACAAAUGCACUCGACUCGACAAAUGAUCACGACGCAACGAGGAAAUCUGAACAAAAACGUAAAUUGUACAUUCCCAUGAAAUUGAUUCCCACAAACUGACCUGCAUUCAGACUGAACGGUUACAUACGUAUACCAAUCACAAAAAGUUGAGCAAAGAAAGAAAAAAAAACACCGAGCAAGAAAUAGACAAUUGAAUUAUAUUGAAGAAAACAGACAAAUCAUCGCAAAAAUGGACACAGUCUACGGUACAAAAAAGUAUUUUCAAAGUCUCGGCGAUAACGACUACUACAACAGACAGCAUUCUUCAUCGACGAAUCGCGUCAUGCAAGCAGCAUGUUCGUCAUAUCAGAAUACAUUGGGACGGCAUUCGACAAUUGGACCGUAUUCACAUUUAUCGGGCAAUCCGUACACCAACAACGCUGGAUGCAACAAUGAUUUCAGCUACACCAACCAAUAUGGCUACAAUUCAUGGGGCAUGUGGCGUGAUUCUCGCAACUUAACACCGUCAUCGACAUACUCAUCGAAAAGCCGCAGCAGCAUUAAAUCAUUUACCAUAAUUCUUAUGACAGCCGCAUUUAUCGUUAUUCUGGCUGUCCUCUCCGUUGCUGCGCUCGCAUUUUACUUUAGCACAUUCAAGUCAGACGAUUCCAUUAUGAUUUUUGAUGGUAAAUUCCAAGUAACCCGUGGCGAUGUAUUCACAACUGGAUUAAAAUACAACCACACAUCUGUCUAUCAACAGAAAGUGGAUUACUAUCGCAAUUUAAUCAGCGAUAGCUUGGAACGAAAUGGACUCACUGUAUACAAAUGUGACAUUCAUGGUUUCGGCACCGGACCAUUGGUUCAAGUUGAUUUUCGUGUUUUUCUUGACAUGAGAAAAGUUCCAAGAACUAUUCGUAGCGUUGAAGAGCACAUCCGUGAUUCAAUACUCAAGGAAAUCAUGUCAAUGAAAUCGGCAAAAGGCAUUCAAAUCGAUUUAUCAACAUUGGAAAUCAAGAGAUCACUUGAUACAGAAGUUUUGAACUCGGCUUCAUUCGUUCGCGAAAGGGUGACAACUCCAUCGUCAAUCAUGUUCGAUGACAAAUCUCGCAAAGCACCAUCGUCAACAUUGAUCAGCAGACCGUCCUCAAAAGCGACUACAUCAAAGCCAAAGCCGAAAUUGGAUAUCGUUGAGGCUGAAAUUGACAUAGAAAACGCUCCGAUUCUCCAAGGUUCGUUUGAAGUGACCAAAACCGACGCAGAUAUUACCGAGAAAAAGGUACGAACAUCAACACUUAAACCGUUCACCAUCACAAAUGGUUCAGUUCGUAUGAAGCCGAAGAAGACAACCAUUGAAAAGGUGAAACCAUUGGCAAAAGUGCCUGAAAAUUUAACGGCAAACAUUUUGAAGCUUGAGAAUGUUACGAAACCAUUCCAAUACGAGAGAGUAACAACACCACGUGCUCCAACGACAACCGAGGAAAUUCCAACGAUAACAAUGGAAAUGGAAAUGGAAAUUCAUACAAGUAGCGAGGCGGCUUCAACUACUACUAAAAUUCCAAUUCCAUCAUCAACUGUAUCGAUUCCACGGAUAGAAACGAGUAGCACAACGACAUCGACAACAACAACUGAGGCAAACAUUCCAUCGGUUGUUUAUCCAAGUGAAGCACCACCACCAAAGAGACCCAUUGGAGAUUUGGUAUCACUCGAAGGUGAAAUUGUAUCGCAGACGAGAAAGAAAAACGCAACCAGCUUUCCAAGUACAAUCGUCCUCGAUGACCAACCAUGGCUUCCAAUUCAACCAAAUGUUAAAAUCGAUCACAAUUUAAACGAUGCUAAGAAGAAAAUCCACAAUGCUGUCAAUCCACCAGUAGUUCCAUCAAGUUAUAACACUGAUCCGGUUGGUGUUCAAUUACUGCCUCGGAACAAAGUGCGAAAUCCAAUUUCAAAUACGGUACAAAAAACUAAUCGGCCACCCAUUUAUCAUAGUUUCAAUAAUCCAGCGCUGAUGUACGGCCCGCAUGAAGUGGAAAAAUUGGGACUGGGUGCUGGAUUGAAACCAUAUCCAAUACCGGUGGAUUUGAUUGGCGAACAAUCGAGCAAACGAGAUGAUUCAUUUUUAAAUAAAGGUGAAGUGUUGCCUUCGAUUAAGGAAUCUCCGAAAAUUGAAACGACAACGGUGAAAAUGACAACGACACCGGUAUAUGAAAAAGCCCUGGAACACAACAAAACGAAUGAAAGUAUUACUCUGAAUAUCGAAGAGACAACGGAUAGAAUCAAAAACAAAACCGAAUUAGGAAUCGACGAUGAAGUGACAAAUCAACAAGUUGGCGAGAUUCUGUUGGAUUUGUUGAAGGAUAGCAAUGUGAAAUUGAAUGAAACGGAUUCUGACGAUAUGAUUAUGCAGUCGCGAACCGAUGAGUUGGAAUUGCCCGAGCCGAAAGAACCAGAAGUGAAAAAUCAAACUGCAAAAUUGAAUACGACCGAAGAAUCCGAAACGGAAAGUUUUGAUGAAAUUGCUACCGUUCUUUCCUCAAUGGAAACAUUGAGCUUUAAGAAUAUCAAGGAUUACAUAAUGGCCACAACCAAAUCAAUUACAAAAGACAUUCUUUCAACAUCAACCGAACGCGAUCAAACGACAGCACGACGAGAGAAGCCGCCGAAUGUCAUUGAUCCAAUGGUGAAAUCUGAUCGUAUUUCGUUAAUUGCACCAACAACACCGUUCAGUGUACCAAAAACAGCAACGCCAAAGGCGACGCCAACAAAGACUUCGUCAACUACAUCAAAUCCCGUUAGCUACGAUUCAGAGUCAGAACCAGCGACAGCAUCAUAUGUUGAGGUGGAAACGGUUCAAUAUACACCAGGUGCGGCGGCGGCAACAUGGACACCCGGAUUAUUUCCCGUUCAAUCGAAAUGGGAAUAUGUAAACGGAACGCUUGUGUAUCCAAGUGUUGCACCAAUGCGAAAGAUCUACAACGAAACACUUCAAGCAUGGAUCAUCGAAAAUCCAAUCGAAGCCACCGAACGCCUACCGCCAACCGAAUUGGUUCGUAACACAUCAGAACCAAUUAAAAAUAUUUCAGCAAUAUUCGAUACGUUGGCCUCGAAAUUGAAUAUGAACACAAUGGAAACAGCGAAAUUACCACCAUUUAUGUCACAUUUUUCGAACAAAUUGAAGAUUGAACAACAAAAAGAUCAUCCAUCAAUUGCCGAUUACUUGAAAUCGACUACAAAAAGACCGGUACAAACAACGACAACCACCCUUCCUCCGUCAUCUAGUGCCGCAACGCCUGAAGAUGAACUGCCGAUUUUACUGAGCCAAAAUACGGAAAGCUAUUAUGGAUCUAGCGCAGAAACACUGAUCGGUGAAGCUGAAGUUGAAGAGGUUGAUCCAACACAAUACGAACAAAUGCUCUUGAUCGAUAGAGUUUCAGCGCAACUCCGUCCAAGUAGCACCGCACCAUCUUUGGUCACUCUAAUGCCAGUGAAAUCGAAUUCCGGCAUUCGACCGGGUUUUUUGAAUUCUAAAGGAAGUGCACGUGGUUUUCCACCAUCAGGACCGUCAUCAUCAUCAUCAUCAUCAUCACAGUCAACGUCCAAUCGACGCCGUUUCGAAGACGCUUCAUUCGUCGUUCGAACCAGUAUGAAUAUUAGCACUUAAGUAACAAAAAAGAUAAACGAAAUAAGAAAAAAAGAACAAGACGUAAACAUUUCUGCAGAGAUACUCAUUAAAACUAAACACGCUGAUGAGACUUUAGAUGAAUAGCAGCACAUACACACACAAAUGAAUGAUAUGGAUUAGAGAGUUGGCUGAAAAAUGUGAUCCAAAGAACGAAAUCAAACACAAGACACAAUAUUAUUUAUUUUAUUCAAUGCAUUUUAUUUUCUCUUAUCUCUUUUUCACUCUCGGGAAAACGCCUACGGCCUUAGCGUUAAUCAAUAACAUUUUAAGAACGAAAAUAUAUCAAAUUUUAAGAACGAAAAUAUAUGAAAAAAGCGUCAAAAACAUAGCGAAAACAAAACGGCCCAAAUAAAAUGAAAAUGAAUCCAUUUGCAAAUGGAGGACCAACACUUUGCUCCCCAAAAAAAUAUUUCUUCAAAAGCGUGUUUGGCGUCACUUUAAUUGGAAGCCACAAACUUCCGCUCAUUUUCUCCCGUCUCGUAGUAAUUGUUUGAAGCAAUUAUUUUUUUUCUUCGUCGAACUUGCGUACGAUAAAAAAUAAACUUGAUGAAAAAUAGGCAAACGGACCGAAGUUGAAUUUAGUUGAGAAAAGUUCCCGUUUUCAUUGGGUUUCCUGAUAAAUUUUCGAAAUUCAUUUUCGGCAAAAUAUGCGCGCGUUUGCAAUUGCUGGCGGGAAUGUUCAUUGCUCAUUGAGAAUUGGUUUCGUAAAAACACGUAGGACGUUUCGUAGAAAUAUAAACAAACAGGAAACGGAAGCUCUAAAAAAGGAACGUUUGAAUUAAAAGUGGAGGUCAACAUUAUCAACAAUUUAUAUUCCAUUCGGUAUGCAGGCAACAAAAUUUGUGCCGUUAGAAUGAUUAUACCGAGUAUUUCCGCAUUGAACUCAUUUUUCAAUUUUCGAGCUCACGAGAAAUAAGAACAAGACAGAAAAAAAAGAGCGAACGAACGAACGCUUGGGAAACUUACUACGAAUACAAAUUGAAUUAUGGAUAAAGUCGGCGGAAAAAGUUUUUCCGUGGUGAUUGAACUGGCAAUUCGUCGAAUGAAAAUCAAAGCAGUUUCAAACCACAUGUAUAAAACCGUCUGUCUCUCUUUCUCACCCAAAAAUACUGGUUAAAUGGAAAAUUCGUGGCGCAUUCGUUUGACAGUAGUAAAAGAUUACAGUUUGAAAUUAGUUUCAAUUAUUUAGAUGGGAUAAGUGUGUACCCGAAUCAAAAUUCAGGGCAAGAGAUGCCCGAAUGACUGGGAAAAAAAAGAAAACAGAUUUCACUUCGUUCGAAUUGAUAAUUCAUGAUCAUUUUUCACGGUAAAUGUAAGACGUUUUAUGCGCAAGAACAAGUUGUUGAACAACCGCAACCACAGCACCAUCAACGGAAUAGAGAUAACGCGCGCGGGAAACAUACACACAAAAUCCAACUUACAGACUGAUAGAAAAAAGAACGGCGAUAUCUUGAUAUCAAUUUAUAUUUCUAUGUGUGUUGUCUUUAUUUUUGGCAAUUUGCUCGAGCAGCCCCAUUGCUCUAGCGUUGUUUUCCGGGCAAAAAUCGUUUUCCGCCUAAGCCUCCUCCUGCAUAUGUUAUUUUUUCUUCCAUUUACGAUGCCACAUUAAAUGCACAGCAUCCAGGUAAAUUACAUUUCGAUUUUUUCGCAGCACAAACACCAUAACAUGCUUCUAUCUCACUUCUGCGCUCGCAUUUUCCACAGUCUUGCUAUUUUUCGCUCGUAUGUGUAUCCAUUUUUGCAGCACACAAAAAGUUUCGAGCAGCGAUUUCAUUUCCACGCAAAACUUAUUGGAUUUGCUCGGCUAAAUGAACGAAACAAAGAGGAAAAGAAAAACAAUCACUGAGCACCCAGAUUGCUAACGCACUCACACAUUCUGUGCUGAUGCUGCCACGGCUGCUGACGACAACAAUGACGACGGAUGCGAUACCAGAGAAUUUAUACCAUUUAUUUAUAAAACAUAUU